GACUAUGGAAGCACCAAAAUAUCCGAUCCACCACCACCGCAAGCACCGCCCGAGCGGCAACACCUGCGCCCUCUCUCUCUCUCUCUCUCUCUAAAAACCCCAGGUACCGCGCCGCGGCGAACGCCGGCGAGAUGGCAGGGGCCCUCGCGCGACCGCGCAAUGCUAGCGACGACCGCAUCAACGAGCUACCGGAAGUACUCCUCUCGGACAUCCUCUCCCGCCUCGGUACCGCAGAGGCGGCCCGCACCGUCGUCCUCUCCACGCGCCUCCGCGACGCGUGGCUCGCGACCCCCCUCCGCCUCGACGAUCUCGAGCUCCCCGUCCCCGCACGCGGCAAGGUCCCCUCGAUCGAGCCCUGGACGGCGCGCGCCGACGUCGUCACCCGCGCCCUAGACUCCCACCCCGGCCCCGUCGCGCUCUUCCGCCUCUCCCGGACCUCCUUCCGCGGCCGCGUCCCCGCGGCCGAGGCCUGGUUCCGGCAGCUCGCCGCCAAGCGCGCCCGCGAGGUCUCCCUCUGCUUCUCGCCCGAGUGGUGCCACGACGCGCUCGCCGACCCGCUUCUCGGCUGCCCAACCCUCCGGGUCCUCGCCCUUGGCAAGUGCCACCUCUCCGACGCCGGGGCCUCGGCCGCCGCCGCCGCCGCCCUCACCGAGCUCACCCUGUCGGAAACCUGCAUUUCCGAGGCCGCCCUUCAGAGCGUACUCUCCGGCUGCCCCGCGCUGCGCAGCCUCGUGCUCAAGCACGUCCACGGCCUUCAGCGCAUCCGCGUCUCUUCUUGCCGCAGCCUCAUUCUGCUCGGUGUGUGGCACUACAAGCAGCUCGACGAGAUCACCGUGGAGGAUGCCCCUUGUCUGGAGCGCCUUCUCGGCAAUAUGCGUCUGAAUGCAGCCAUUACCGUCACUGGCGCGCCAAAGCUUACUGCUUUUGGCUAUGCCGUGGUCAGCAUCCCGCAUUUGUUCCACGGCGAGCGUGCGCCGCAGGGCGUCAACAAGGGUCUGCGUGCCCCGAUCCAUAGCGUGAAGAUCCUGGCUAUCAGUGUGAAGUUCUCAAGCAAGAAGGACAUGGAGAAGGUGAUGAGCUUACUCGAGAGCUUUCCCUGCUUGGAGACUUUGCAUUUCCAGUCCUCGGAUUACAGGUCAGGUGCAGACAAGGAUUACACCACUGUCUCUGACUACAUCCAGAAGCGUUAUCCCAUCAGGUGUGUUGCGAGAUAUCUCAAGAGCAUUAUACUGGAAUGCGAGCAACACAACCCUGGCAUGCUUGAAUUUGCAUGUUUUCUCCUUGCAAGAGCACAUGUGCUGCAGUUCAUGAGGAUUCAGUCCGAGAUGUGCGACGUCCCAAAAUGGGUUACGGAGCAGCAAAAUCUGCUCAGCCAAAGCAACAUGGCCUCCCUGGAAGCCGAGGUCGUGUUUGAGGGCAUGAAACAACGCAAGGACUUCACCAUAGAAGGUGUGAAUGCUCUAGCUGACCCCUUUGACGGGGGCAUCAACAUCUUGGGGCACUAAACGAACUCUGAAUGUUUACUUGAGGUUUCACUCAAGAUAAUUGCCAUCCAUGAUGCGCCGGCUGGCCUUUUGGUUAUGUUCAGUUGAGUUUUGUCUCUAGAUUCCAGACUCAUUUUGGCCGGAAUUUAAGGUUUCAUGUUGAAAAAGUUUACUACUAAUGAGGUGGCUAGUGUCUCUUGUCUUAUAUUUAGUCAAUUUUCUGCAUGUGGAGUUGUAGACUUUGAUUUAGGUUGAGUUGAAUGGUUUGACUGUGAA